CUUCUCUUCAAAUCACAACACUGCUUUUGUAACAUUCGGCGAGGCCAAUUUUGUCUGGAGAUUUUUGUUUUGGUUUGUAGCAGUUUUAGUGGAAAGAAAGGAGGCAUCAAUGGCGUUUUCUGUCUCCUCUACGCCUGCUGCGAUUCGCAGCUCAGCGCUGUUUGAGCAGCCGAGAGUAGCUCAAUUCGGCGGAUUUCAGCCGUUGGAACGUCCGAUUUCGCCAUCGACGGUGGUGAUUUUUUCUCGGAGGCGUUGCGCUGUGAAGGCUUUGAAUGCGGAACCGAAAAGGAGCGAUUCGAUUGUUCCUUCUGCCGCAACGUUGUUUGCUCCUGAGGUGGCUGAGAAAUCGGAGGUAGAGGAGGACUAUGGGAAUCUGGCCGUGGAGCUUGAGAAUGCCUCUCCUCUUCAGAUUAUGGAUAAAGCUCUGGAGAAGUUCGGAAACGAUAUCGCAAUUGCUUUCAGUGGGGCAGAGGAUGUUGCCUUGAUCGAGUACGCACACUUAACCGGACGCCCAUUCCGGGUUUUCAGCCUUGACACGGGAAGAUUAAACCCGGAGACGUACAAAUGUUUCGACGAAGUCGAGAAGCACUACGGCAUUCGCAUCGAGUACAUGUUCCCCGACGCAGUCGACGUGCAGGCUCUGGUUAGGAACAAGGGGCUCUUCUCUUUCUACGAAGACGGCCACCAAGAAUGCUGCCGUGUAAGGAAAGUCCGGCCAUUGAGAAGGGCCCUCAAGGGCUUACGGGCGUGGAUAACCGGCCAGCGCAAGGACCAGUCUCCCGGAACCCGAUCCGAAAUCCCAAUCGUCCAAGUUGACCCCGUCUUCGAAGGACUCGACGGCGGGGCCGGUAGCUUGGUGAAAUGGAAUCCGCUUGCGAAUGUGAAGGGUGUCGACGUGUGGAGCUUCAUUCGUGCAAUGAACGUACCCGUCAAUUCGUUGCACGCUCAAGGCUACGUCUCGAUCGGGUGCGAGCCGUGCACGAGGCCCGUCUUGCCGGGGCAACACGAGCGGGAAGGAAGAUGGUGGUGGGAGGAUGCGAAGGCGAAGGAAUGUGGCCUACACAAAGGGAACAUCAAGGAGGAGAAUUUGAACGGGAACGGGAACGGCGGGGCCCACACGAACGGGCAUUUGUCGCAUCCUGAUAUCUUCGAUAAUCCGCACAUUGUGAAUUUGAGCCGGCCGGGGAUUGAGAACUUGUUGAGGCUGGAGGAGCGGAAGGAGGCGUGGGUGGUGGUGCUGUACGCCCCGUGGUGCCAAUUUUGCCAGGCGAUGGAGAGUUCUUACAUGGAGUUGGCGGAGAAGUUGGCGGGGAUGGGCAGUGUUAAGGUUGCGAAGUUCCGGGCCGACGGGGAGGAGAAGGCGUUUGCGCAGUCGGAGUUGGGGUUGGUGAGCUUUCCGACGAUCGUGUUUUUUCCGAAGCACUCGGCGGGGCGGGUGGUGAAGUACCCGACGGAGAAGAGGGACGUGGAGUCGUUGAUGGCGUUUGUGAAUGCGUUGAGAUAGUAAGAGUAAGAGUACAUGAAUAAGAGUGUGUGUGUGUGUGUGUGUAUGUAUGACGAUGUUGUGGGAAGGAAGUUGAAAGAAAGUAAAGGCCAAGAGUGCUUGUCCGAAUUGGAGUAAUUAGGACAGAAAGAUGAUGAUGAAUUGGGUUUGUAGGGGGAGGUUAUGUUGGUUUUGAGUAAUGUGGAUGGUGACGAAUUUGUGUUGUAAUACGGGUAUCAAGCAUGGUGAGGGAGAGUGAAGUCGAUUCAUUUCAAGAAUAAAUUCUCUACUUUUUAUUGUC